GUGCCCCUAGUGGUGGGAGGAAUAGGUCGCAGGCUCCGCCCGAAGUGCGGCGCCCACUUCUCCAGCCUCCGGCGCUGGGGGUACCUCCCCGCAGCAGGGACCUGCCGGGGGUGGAGGAGAAGCCGGAGCAGCGCGUGCCACUCGCCGGGAAAAUGCUCCCCCCGCCCCUCCCGGCCUUUGGUUCUGGAAUCCCUCAUCGCCUGGCAACGGGGCCGCGGAACCCCGCAAACACCGAGGGUUUUAUAGGGACGGGCAGCGGCGCCGCCGCCGGGUCCCCUCUUUCCCACCUCGGCCUUCCUCCCCGCUCCACCUCCCCGUCCCCAGCGGCCUGUCACCGGGGCCCCGAACCUCCCCCGCCUCCCUCCUGCCCGGUAGCCCAAGAUUCAGCCCGUCUGCCAGGUCGGGGGCGGCCGGUCGGCGGCCUUGGAUCCCAGGGAAGGGCUGUGGGUGGGAAGGAAAGAGAGGCCCCGGCGACCGGGGGGAGGGGAUUAUUGUGGAACUUCCCACCCUGGGAGAUUUAAGGCGACGGUUUUUAUUUUAUUUUAUUUUUUUACUUCCCCCUUCCUCCCCAGAGAACUACGGAGACAGGAUGGUUCUGUAUCUAAAGACCUGGUUUAAGCCUGGGCCUGGGGAAUGAAUGGAGUGGGAAGGGUGUGGAGGAAGUGGGCUGGUUUCUCAGCACAGAUUCCAACUGUCCCCAGGGGGAUGGAAGCCAGUCCCACCAGGAGUAAGGAGAGGAAGGGGAGCGGGCUGUCCCAGGCUGCAGCGUCCUUGAAUGGAGAAGCCUUCAUUAUCCCGUUCUGAGGAGUUCCUGGCCCAGAUCAGCACAGAACUCACCGAUGAGGCCUUGUUUGUUGCUGGCUACCACGUGAACCCUGUGCCCAGCAAGGAAAAACAGACACAAGACCAAGAGACUCAGAUAUACAAACACGCUAGGAAUCCCCGCAGCCUCCUCCCUAGCCCAUCUGUUGGUGGCCAUGUACUGAGGGAUAGUCCUUUCUCUGACUGGGGCCUCUACUUCCAGAAGUCUUCACCAAGACCCAAGGCACCGACACUUGCUCUGACAGGAACCAUGCCUGCACCAAGGCACACCUUCUGCCAUCCCGUCGUGACAAGGGAGCUCUGCCUAGCAGCUUGGCCUCUGAAGGAUGAUCCCAACCCCUUUUGGUACUGCUCUCGGCCCCUCAUGCCCUCCCCCCAUUCUGUGCCUCUACAACAUGCCUCAGAGCUCCUUUCACACUCAUUAAUCACUUCCAGUCAUCACCCCUGAAGCCUCCAGAAUGUCCUGGAACCAUCACACAUCUCUCCACUCUCAGCUGGCAAGGACACUGCCAGAAAACCAAGGCUUGAAUAAAGAGACAGAUCCUUCCCUCCUCCCAACCCUGGCAGUGCUCCGUGUGACUUCUCUGGCAUGGAGAUGCGGGAGGAGUGGCCUUUCUUUUUUUCUUUUUCUUUUUUUUGUCAGAUGUGUGGACAUAUUAUUGGAGCGGUUUUAAUUCAGGGCGUUAUCUAUCAACCUGCUGGCAGAGGUGUGCUCAUGGAUCCCAACCCAGCCUCCUGGCCAAACGUUAGCGGCAUAAGGUCCAGGCCUGGCAUCUGAGCAGGUCCACUCUUGCCACCUCUGCCACCAAAAUCAGGCUGUGGUCUCCCCUCUGAGCUUUGGGGUCUCCUGCCCAUGGGAACAUAUCACGUCCAUUACUAGCCAGAGGCAGUUAGCAGGCUUUGUGGAGUUUUCAUUUACAUUCCAGUCUGGUCAAUACUGUAGCUUCCUGAGGAAGUCAGUUCAUACCUCUGAGCCAGUUUCCUUAUCUGAAAAUGGGAAUAACUGUCCUUGCCUCAUAGGGUUAAAAACAUGCACACAAGUGCUUAGCACAAUGCCUGGCCCAGAAUAAAUGCCCCAAACUCAGGCUAUUAUCAAGAUCAAUUUGCCUCAUGUUCUCCUAAAAUUCAACCCCCUUUUGAGUAUUUCAGUAUCCUUUUGAAUGUCCUAAAUGUUUAAUUGUAUUUAAAUAUACAUUUUCAAUUAA